AUGACAAAUCCGAUUCCUCUGCUGCUCUUUGGACUCACCUGCAUCCUCACCAUGUGGAGUAUCUUUUCAAAGCUCCAUCAAAUUUUCUACUGCGUGGUUUAUGUGAAGCUCCCCACCGCCAGUAUCCAUGGUUCCCCAGAUCCUGCGUGCUCUCUUUCUCUAAGAUUUCUGAUGGAAAACAACGCCGCAAACCCGCUCAAAGCGGGCGGCCAUUUGCGAUGGCAAGACGCCGAUGAAGAGACCGGCGAUGCUCCCAAGAGCCGCCCUCGACAGCUCACGCGAACAGCGUCCAACAGCUCUGGCUUCUCCAUUCGCAGUCUGAACCGGAGAAACACCGUCGAUCCUUCUGUCACCCUUCCCAUCCAUUAUCGCAGCGUUUCGUUUGAUAUCGACGAGGCCAAGCAACGUGAACAAGCUGAAGCUGCGAAGGCAAAGAAUGCAAUUGCCCAUGCAGCCUCAGAAUUGCUGGACCUCGAAUGGCACAACCUGUCCGUCGAGGAGCUGCAGAAGCGCUGGCAAGUCGAUGCAGGCCACGGUCUCUCGUCCGACCAGAUCCAGCGCCGGCUGCACCAGUAUGGCAAGAAUGUCCUCUCGCCGCUGCCCACUCGAUGGUUCUGGCAGAUCCUUGGCUAUUUCUUCAAGGGCUUCGGGUCGAUCCUCCUUGUUGGCUGCAUCCUCGUGUUCAUCUCGUGGAAGCCGCUCGGUAGCCCGCCUUCUCCGGCGAACCUGGCUCUGGCCAUUGUCCUGCUGGCAGUGUUCUUCAUCCAAGCCGGUUUCAAUGCCUGGCAGGACUGGUCGUCGUCCCGGGUCAUGGCUUCCAUCACGGCCAUGCUGCCGGAAAGUUGCCUGGUCCUGCGCGACGGCUCUCAAACGACGGUGACCGCUCCGGACAUUGUUCCCGGAGACGUCGUCUUCAUCAAGGCCGGAAACAAGCUGCCGGCUGAUAUGCGUUUUAUCGAGGCUGACAACAGAGUAGGUGAAUCGUUGCCGAUCAACGGGACCGUCGACUCGACGGAUGAUAACUACCUCGAGACGCGCUGCAUUGGGCUUCAGGGCACACACUGCGUGUCUGGGAAUGCGACGGGCAUUGUCGUGUCGACCGGUGACUCGACCGUCUUUGGCAGGAUUGCGAAACUAUCCAGCGAACCCAAGACGGGAUUGACGACGCUCGAGAAGGAAGUCUUGCGUUUUGUGCUCUUGAUAGUCUGCAUCAUGUUUACGAUGAUCACGGUCGUCAUCAUUGUCUGGGCGGCAUGGCUUCGAGUCGAUCAUCCUGACUGGAUCAACGUGCCUAGCUUGAUAGUGGACUGCGUCAGCGUCGCCAUUGCGUUUAUCCCCGAGGGCUUGCCGAUCGCUUUGACGGCUAGCUUGACGAUCACGGCCAAUCUGAUGAGCAAGAACAAGAUCCUCUGCAAGUCGCUGAAGACGGUUGAAACCUUGGGUGCAGUGUCGGUGAUUUGCUCCGAUAAAACGGGGACUCUAACGAGAAAUAAAAUGUUCGUCACCGACUGCGCGAUUUCUACCGCCACGUUUACACCAGAAUCCGCCAGGGACGAGAUGGUCGUGAAGGGAAAAGCGUCUGGAACGCAUCAGCUGCGGACCAUGGCCGGUCUGUGCAAUGCUGCCGAAUUCGAUGCCGCGUCAACGCAACUCCCUCUCCAUGAACGACCGAUAUACGGAGAUGCUACCGAUCAGGCUAUCCUUCGAUUCUCCGAGGGACUUGGUCCUGUGUCCGAUCUGCGGCGUCUGUGGAAGAAGACGUACGAACUUGCAUUUAACAGCAAAAACAAGUUUAUGAUCCGGACGUUCAGCGUUGUUGAUUCCAAUGGUCUUGGUCUGGCUUUGUCGGCGGCAGAGGCAGUCCAAUUCAAACCAGAGGACACUCUUCUCACGAUCAAAGGCGCCCCGGAUAUUCUGAUUGAGCGGUGCACACACGCCGUCGCUAUCGAUGGCAGCCUGCAAACGCUGGACGGGCAGAUUAGGACAGAAAUCACCCAGCUCAAGGACCGCUGGUCAAGCGAAGGCAAACGGGUGACUCUGCUGGCUCGCAAAGUCCUCUCAGCCAAGGAGCUUAAGAUCCCUCCGUCAUCCCGGGAAUUCGAGGCUGAAGUACUGAGCCAUGCGAAAACGGGUCUGGUCCUCGUUGGCCUGGUUGGCAUCGUCGAUCCUCCGAGGGAGGAGAUUCCGGAGGUGAUCCAGACGCUGAGAAGGGCCGGAAUCAGGAUCUUUAUGGUGACGGGCGACUUUGGCCUCACGGCUCUGGCCAUAGCUCGACAAUGCGGAAUUGUCACCAGCAACGGACCGGUCGACGACGUGCAGGCGCUGCAGCGAUCCAACAAGGCUGAUGGACAGCAGGACACGCGCUCCUCGGCCAUCGUCAUCAGCGGAGCUGACCUCAUGAGCCUGAACGACUACCAGUGGGAGCAGCUGUGCAGGUACCCGGAAAUCGUGUUUUCCCGCACCACGCCGGAGCAGAAGCUGCGCAUCGUCCGCGAAUUCCGUGCCCGGGGCGAAAUCGUCGGCAUGACGGGCGACGGGGUUAACGAUGCGCCGUCCCUCAAGGCCGCCGACAUUGGCAUCGCGCUGGGCAGCGGCUCGGACAUCGCCAUCGAGGCGUCGGACAUGGUGCUGCUGGACUCGUUCGCCGCCGUCGUCGAGGCCGUCCAGUACGGCCGCGUCGUGUUCGACAACCUCAAGAAGACCAUCACCUACCUGCUGCCGGCGGGGUCGUUCUCCGAGUUCUGGCCCGUCUUUACGAAUGUCGUCUUCGGGCUUCCGCAGGUUCUGUCCUCGUUUUUGAUGAUCAUCAUCUGCUGCUUCACCGACUGCGUCGCCGCGACAGUCCUCGCCUACGAAGCCCCCGAAGCAGACGUCCUGCUGCGUCCGCCGCGGAACCCAAAAAAGGACCGCCUCGUCAACUGGAAGCUUAUAUUGCACGCGUACGGCGUAGUCGGCCUCUUCGAGACGGUGCUCUCCUUCACCAUGUCGUACUGGUACCUGCAGCGCAACGGCAUCCCGUUUUCGGCGCUGUGGUUCAAGUUCGGCCAGGUGCCGGCGGAUAUCGAUCCGGAUUACUACACUGCGCGCCUGAACGAGGCGAGUUCGAUUUAUUUCGUCAAUUUGGUUGUUAUGCAAUGGUUCAACCUCAUGGCCAUCCGCACCCGCCGCCUCUCCAUCUUCCAGCAUCCACCCGCCUUAAACGCCCGCACACAGAACCUCCUCCUGUUUCCAGCCAUCAUGUUCGCGCUCGCCAUCGCCGUGUUUUGGUUAUACGUGCCCAAGCUGCAGGCGGUGCUCGGCACGACCAGCGUCCCGGCGGAGCAUUAUUUCCUGCCUGCGGCGUUCGGUCUGGGACUGCUGUGUCUCGAUGAGUUGAGGAAGGCGGCUGUUAGGAGAUGGCCGGGGGGGGUGUUGGCGAGGUGUGCUUGGAUAGGAUGGUAUAGAGUAGGCUAG